AUGAGCGAUUCGUUUUUAUAUGUCCCCCGUCCUUCGCCAGCCGGAGCCCCUUCUAAUGUCCUCGUUCAAGCACAGGCUGUUUUUCAAAUAUUAGACCAUGCCUUGCGUAAUGGAAACGCCCCUAACAGAGUUAUCGGUGUUCUCCUCGGUGUUCGCUCCGACGAUGGAUCCGAGAUCGAGGUCAGAUCAUCUUUCGCUGUUCCACACGACGAAAUCAACAACCAAAUCACCAUAGACGUCGACUACCUGCGCACCAUGUAUAACCUUCACCGCCGCGCAUACUCUCGCGAUGCUAUUGUGGGCUGGUAUACCACUUCUUCAGAGCUCGACAACCUGUCAGGCCUUAUGCAUGACUUCUUUUCUGCCUCCGACAAUGGCAUUAUUUCCCAAACUCCUAUCCACCUUACCGUUUCCACUUAUGAAACCCUGACUGCUGCAUCUGCCGAAGCUGAGGCUGCAGCAGAUGGCUCCGACAAGACCAAGUCGCAGUUCCCCAAAGAUAUCUCCGUCCGCACUUAUGUCUCUUCCCCGGUUGGCAUCGUCAACGAAAAGUCGCGUGGCUCUCUCUUUUUCGUCCCCAUCCCUAAUGAAAUUCGCUUUUCUGAAGUCGAACGUUCUGGCCUUGAUGCUAUUGCCAAGGCCCGUGAUGAGCCUUCACGUUCUAUUUCUCUCGUCAACGAUAUCCAAGCUCUUGAAGCUACCCUUGUCAAGGUUCUUGACAUGCUCGACCGUGUCAGUGCUUAUGUUAAUGAAAUCAUUGAAGCAAAUAAAAAUGGCCAGCCUAGCCCUGCUUCAGUUGCUAUUGGCAAGUUUCUUCAUAAGAACCUUGCACUUGUUCCUUCGAUUUCUAAGGAGAACUUGGAGAAGCUUUUCAAUUCUCAUCUUCAAGAUGUUCUCAUGGUUGUUUACCUUGCUAAUACCGUUAAAACCCAAUUACAACUUUCUAGUAGACUGACUCCUAUUGUCUAA